CCGCGCCCUGCAAGCUCAAGUCCAGUGCACUUCAGCCCCAGACCAGCUCCUGUCAGAGCAAGCGUAGACGCCAUAAUCAACAACAUCCGCCCCUCGACAAAUCGACCCAUCACCGAUUCCAUCAACAACAACCUCAAACCGACAUUUUCCAUCGAAUUUCGCGUCGCGUCAUAGUCCUCAACAAUCGCGCAUCACCAAAAACCUUCUUUUGCACUUCCAUCGCGCCUUGCGCUGCCUCGAACCCGCUGCUACUUCUAGACAGGGGGGGGGGUAACGACAACCUCCCGGCCCGGCAUCGCAGCCGGCGAUAUGGGUGUGAUACGCAAGAAAACAAUCACAAGAGGUGGCGAAGGUGGUGUUAAAUACGUUUGCGAUGUGUGCUCAUCAGAUAUUACAUCUACGGUCCGCAUCCGAUGCGCCGACUCAGACUGCAGUGACUUCGACCUCUGUGUCUCGUGUUUCGCCAAAGGUGAAUCACGAAAUGCUCACAAUCCUGCGACACACGCUUUUCGUGUGAUUGAACAAAACUCAUUCCCUAUCUUUGAUCGAGAAUGGGGUGCCGACGAAGAAUUACUCCUCCUUGAGGGCGCCGAAAUAUAUGGUCUCGGCUCAUGGGCCGAUAUCGCAGAUCAUAUUGGCGGUUUCCGUGAGAAGGACGAGGUUCGCGAUCACUACUUAUCGACUUACGUCGACUCGUCUCACUUUCCACUACCCGAACGGUGCAGCCCUCACGAUUGCGAAUUGGCCAACGAAAUCCCCAGAGAAGAAUUUCAGGCACGCAAGAAGCGACGAAUAGAGGAGCGACGAGAUGCAGCUAAGAACGCGCCCGCUCUACAACCUAAAACAAAACCAACAGCUAGUGUACCUAGCUGUCACGAGAUUCAAGGAUAUAUGCCUGGUCGUUUGGAGUUCGAGACCGAAUAUGCAAAUGAGGCAGAAGAAGCUGUCCAGUUGAUGCAGUUCGAUCCGGGUGAUGGUUUGAACCCCAGGACAGGCGAGCUUGAACCUGAAAUGGAACUCAAGCUCACAGUGAUGGACAUAUACAACGCUCGACUGACACAGCGUGUGGAGCGUAAAAAGGUUAUCUUUGAGCACAAUCUUCUUGAAUAUAGAGAGAACACAAAGCUGGAGAAGAGGCGGACCAAAGAAGAAAGGGAUUUGCUGCAGAAAGCCAAACCAUUCGCCCGCAUGAUGAACCAACAGGACUUUGAGGAGUUCAAUCAAGGUCUUCUCGAUGAACUUAAUCUACGACAAGCCAUCACGCAGCUGCAAGAGUGGCGAAACAUGCGUAUCGGCGACCUUCGAAGUGGCGAGAAGUACGAGAAUGAGAAGGCCUCGAGGAUCCAGAAGGCAAUCCCUAUGGGCUCCAUGGAUCGCGAGCGUCUAGCAUCUGCACAGAGGUCUAAGCAACCUCCUCCUCCCGAGCCACCAAGUGGAUCUGCCCUUCUUAUCGCCCCAGAACUUCCUGCUCGACUACUACCAACGCCUGCUGUGGAAGUCAAUGGCGAUGUAAAGCCAUUAACAAAUGGUCAUGCUGAUGGCCUAGCCAAUGGCCAAACAAACGGCCAGGUCAAUGGAGUAACUAAUGGAGUCAACGGAGUCAAUGGAGUAAAUGGCCAUGCAACUCCUAAGCAGAGAUACACGGCCCAACCCAUCUCCGGCGUACAACCAAUGCCCAUGACCCAAGACACCGCACCAGACUUGCAUCUCCUCACACCAGAAGAGGUCAAGCUUUGCGAAGUCAUUAGACUGCAGCCUAAGCCAUAUCUUAUGAUCAAGGAGCAGAUCCUCAAGGAAGCUCUCAAGACAAACGGCACGUUGAAGAAGAAGCAAGCAAAGGAGAUCUGUAGGUUGGACUCGCAAAAGGGAGGGCGCAUAUUCGAUUUCUUUAUUAAUUCAGGAUGGGUGGGCAAGGCGUGAUCUGGUUGUUUACUGUUUAUAAUACCCUUUUGGAGACGAGGAAUGAAAUUGGCGCUGAGCGUUUGCUGGAAAUUAUGUAGUAUAUGUUACGCUUCUGUAGACAGAUGUCACCAAUACAAUGUUAAAAAGAAAUAGCCAUAUAUA